UAUGGAGGCAUACAUGUAAGUCAAAAGGAAAUAAAGGAGGUUUUAACUAGUUAACCAACUGGAAGAAAUUUGUGACCACAAAAAACCUCAAAAAAGGGGAUACAAUAGUAUUCAUGAAGGAGGCUAAUAAUGCCAUAACUGUCGGAAUAGCUAGAAAGCGCAGCAGUGCAUUGAGGGCUCAAAAUGUUAGAGAUGGAUUCAUAAUGGCUAUGGAUGGGCAACCAUUUGAGGUUGCAUAUUACCCACGGUCAUUUGGUCCACAGUAUUGUGUGCCAGCGUCACUUUUCACUGCAGCAUUUGAUGUUGAUUGGAAGGUAGUCACGAGGUUCAAAAUGAAGUUUGAAUCUGAGGAUUCUACAGAUUUUAAAUGGUUCAAGGGGACUGUGACCUCUGUUGACUAUUCUGCAUCUCGAGUUUGGAAAUGUAUGGAGGUUAUAUGGGACGAUCCAAGCCGGACAGAAGACUGUGUGAAUCCCUGGGAUGUCGAGCCAAUAUUUCCCCCACCAAAUAUGCCAGGCCCAGUAAGUUCCAUCAAUUUGCCAGGACUAGACAGUUCCAAAAAAUCUGAUAGUCCUCGGAAAGUUUUUGGUGUAAAGUUGAAUUCUGAGGAGCAGAUAUGGCAUGGUCAAUUAUCUGGGUGCCAAAGGCAGGAAGAAGGAACUCAUGAGGCCCUUGAAUUAAGAGAGGGAGGAUCAGGCUACAUUGGGAAAGGUGUUUCAAAGGCUCUUCAGAAUUUAAACAAAAAUAUAGGCCCUGCUCUCAUUGGCAAGAACAAUGAUGGCCCUCAAAAGAUCUUAGGAGAGCAACUCAAAGAUCUGUACAAGUCAUUUGUGACUCAGAAGCAGUCUCACGGAGUUGUACUGUCUGAUACAAGAAGCCAGUUCUUGGCUGUUGGCAAUGAGUCCGUAAUCAAAUUCUGGGACAUGGAUAGUGUUAACCGCCUGAUGAAUACUGAUGCGGAGGGUGGAUUACUGGCUUCUCGUUGCAUUCUGUUCAAUAAGGAUGGUAUUCUACUGGCUGUCUCAGCAAGUGAGAAUGGUGUUAAAAUACUUGCAAAUGCCAAUGGUGUUCGGCUUAUGCGAUCCAUUGAAAAUCGUUCACUGGAUGCUUCUAGAGUUAAUACUGGAACUGUUGCUAAGGGCGCCAUAAGUUGCACAUUUGGUACUCUUAGUUCAGCUGCUGGAACAAGCAUUGGUGUUGCAGAUAGAAGUGCACAGGGGACGGCUAUGGUUGCGCUGAAUGGGGAUUGUAGAAGUCUGUCAGAUGUGAAACCUAGAAUUACAGAUGAGAUAGAAAAAUCUAAGUUCUGGAAACUGACAGAAAUCAAAGACCCAUCUCAACUUUGUUUCCCUGACAGCUUAUUGUCAGUAAGGAGGGUUGAGAAGGCAAUGAAGGAGAAAAGUUGCAAUGCACUUCUUCUGAAGGUGAAUCGAAUUGGAUCUGAAGCUGAAAAAAUAUCCAAGCAAGUUGGUUGGGGUGUUAUGGCUCGACAUCACAGUGGAGAGACAGAAGAUACUUUCAUUGCUGACCUCCGUUGGUUUGUCAAUGGGACAGGAGCUCCAUGCAGGUCAGAGCGGCUUGCUAAGAACAAUCAGCACAUGCCAAACGAAGAGGAUACCGUCUCAGAAUCAAAUUAUGCAGGAACAAGUUUUUGCACGCCUGUUGAACCCUAUUAGAUUCGGAGAAUAAUGAGCUGGAGACAAAAUGUACUGUGGGAUUUCAGCAUGGAGUUUCACCCGCGCAGUGAAAUGGGUCAGUCAAAAUAAGACCUGAGAGAGACUUGUUAGAACAAUUACAGCAUAAAUGUUUUGUUCAGAUAACCAAGUGUUUUUAGUUAGCACCUGUUUUCUAGAGUCAAGCUCUAAUGAUCUGUUUUGGGUAAUUUACGAACACUCCUUGAAGUUUGCCCUUAUUACCCCCUGCGCAUUUGGUUUGUCUUACCCAAACACCAGUAGCCCUACUGUCUACUGUACAUGAUUGCAAAUGUUUUCACCGGUCUAACACCAUGUAAAAUGACCUGCAUAUCCUUUGAUUUUAUCAGAUGACUAUCAUUCAACCCUACAGAAUUAUAUUUUUACGUCUUUAUCAUUUCUUUCUCUCUCUACUACUCUUGGUAUACAUGUACACACAAUAUAUAUUUUCUUCAUAUUCUGUGUACAUUUCAAUUGGGUUUUCAUCUAUAUACACAGACCAUGGUAUACUUUUCCAAUUGGGUUUUCCAGUAUAUAUUUUCUUCA